UGUCUCCAACCAUAAAUGAAGAACCACACAACACAACCACAACAAAAGAAGGAAGAAAAAAAUAUCACAAUUUAGGGAGAGAAUAUGAAGCAAUAUGUGCUUGUUCACGGAGGUUGCCACGGCGCGUGGUGCUGGUACAAGGUCAAACCGGUGCUGGAAGCUUCAGGGUACCGUGUGACAGUUGUUGAUCUCACGGCUUGUGGUGUGAACAUGAGCAGAGUGGAAGAGAUUCAGUCGCUUGAGGAUUACACCAAACCGUUGCUCGAGGUUCUUGAGUCGUUUGGCUCAGAGAGCAAGGCAAUCCUCGUUGCGCAUAGCCUAGGAGGGCCAUCGGUUGCUCUUACAGCUGACAUGUUUCCUAGUAAGAUCUCAGUUGCUGUCUUCGUAACGUCUUUCAUGCCCGACACAACCAAUCCACCUUCUUACGCUUUCGAAAAGUUUCUCGGGAGUGUUACGGAAGAAGAUCUGUCGAAUAUGGAAUUUGGGACAUACGGAACACAUGAUCGUCCUCUAACAACUAUUCUUCUUGGAACCAAGUACUUAGCCAAGUACAUGUACCAACUUUCUCCAGUCGAAGAUUUUGAACUGGCCAAAAUGUUAGUGAGAGUUGGACCGGCAGUUACUAGUAAUCUGACGGGGACAAAAAGCUUAACCAAGGAAGGGUAUGGAUCAGUUACUCGUGUGUAUAUUAUAUGCGGGGAAGAUAAGGGUUUAACCAAAGAUUUCCAGCGAUGGAUUAUCGAGAAUUUUUCGGUUAAAGAAGUGAUGGAGAUCAAAGAUGCAGAUCAUAUGCCAAUGUUUUCCAAGCCACUUGAACUCUGUGAUCGUCUUCUAAAGAUUGCUGAUAAAUAUGCAUAAACAAACCUGAGAAUGAGAGAUCAUUAUUGUCAUAUAUCUAUGUAGAAAAACUUCAACUUACACCACCAUGAUAUAUGUUUCAUGGGAUGGAUGAUUAUACAAAUAAGAUUCCUGAGAUGAAAAGGC